AUGCUUGCCCGUCUUCCCAUUCUAUUGGCUGGACUGGCAUCUCUUGCUCUGCCGCAGCUGGCAGCCGCGUCAGACAGACAACAUUGGGCCGCUCUUGCAGCGAAAUCUAAAGAUGGAGUGAUCACGCUUGACAGCGCUUCGUACGAGGAUAUUCUGUCUGAAGACAGAGAUUAUUCAGUAUCAGUGGUGCUCACUGCCUUGCCUCAACGUUUCAAGUGUACUCCUUGCCAUGAAUUUGACCCUUCCUGGCACCGUGUUGCUAAUUCUUGGAACCGAAUCUCCGCGCCUGAAAAGAAUCACCACUUCUUCGCUAAGCUAGACUUCCAGGACGGAGAAGCAGUGUUUAGAAAGAUGGGUUUGUCAACUGCACCCAAGAUCCAAUUUCACCCCGUCCUCAAUGGCCCGUUCAAAGCCAACAAGAUUGCAACUGUCACGUACGAGAUCGAUAAAUUCGGUCUCUCGGCUCAACAACUCCACUCGUGGAUCCGAAACCUUACCCCGAUCCCUUUCGACCUUCACACACCGUUCAACCCAGUUCCCGUCAUCAUGAUUCCGUUAUCCCUCUUCGCCAUGGCCUCUAUCGCUUGGAGCUCUCGAGCGUUCGUCCUUCCCAUCAUCCAGUCCAAGAUCAUCUGGGGUAUCUCAAGUGUCAUCCUCAUCUUGACAUUCACCAGUGGAUACAUGUGGAACAAGAUCAAAAACACGCCGUAUGUCGUCACAGGGCCGAACGGUCAAGUCAGCUGGUUCGCAGGAGGCUACUCGAACCAGUUGGGGUUGGAGAGUCAGGUCGUCGCUGGUGCAUACGGUGCACUGAGCUUGACAAUCGUCGCAUUGACCAUCUUUGUCCCUGCUCAAGCCUCACCUAGCAAGCAACGGGUCGGCGUAUACCUCUGGUUGGCAAUGUUUGUGGUCAUAUUCAGCUUGCUCGUCAAGCUGUUCAGAGUCAAGAACGAGUCGUACCCAUACAAGUUGCUCUUCUAG